AUGUCUAGUAACUUAAAUUAAUGUAAUUUUUAGUACUAAGCGUUUUAAUGACCAUUUGUAAAUAUGCCUAAUUAACCCAUAUUCUAUCUUUUAAAUAAUGUCUUAUAUACUCUUGUAAAUCACGCAAUUCAGCUGUCCAGCUGCAAGGUGAAUUUUAAAUACACUAUCUAUCUCUAUCUAUCUAUGUUAAUACCCAGUGUUCCAGUUUAAAGGGCAUUUUAUGCAUCUCUUUUGACUGUUUAUGCAUAGUAUAUAACGAGAAACAAUCCUUUUGUUGGGAAAAAUCCGAAUUCAUUCAUUGGUAUGAAAUAGGUAAUUGGACAAGUACUGGUGUAAGACAUUGUGUAGCCUAAAUAAUGAGGACCAGUAGUUCAAAUGGUUAUCCUUUAUUUAUUUACUCCAAUUCCUGUGAUGGUGAACAUGUACGCAAAAAACAAGGGAAACUACGAUUAGAUAGUAACUGAAUAUGUGAAUUUUAUGUGACACGAUUGAGGGCGAGAGUAGAUGUGCCCCCCCCCCCCCAUCUGGCAAAAUUUUCCCGCCAUAUGACGUCAGCAUUUUGAGGAUCAGCGUAAUUUUCCCGCCAUAUGACGUUAGCAGGUGGGAUAAGAGUGACGUCAUUUUUUAAACAUUGUCGCAUAACAUUUGUCGCGUGAUCUUUUGGAAUUUCCAGAUGGCGUCAGCAAGUAUUUGUCGCAUAACAUUUGUCGCAUAACGUUUAUUGUAAAAAAUAUGAUCCUUGUAAGCGCUACAAUACCGGUUAGAACCGGAUUUCGUAUACUGUCCGUAUAAAUUGAGGUCUUCGAGUGUACACGAGCGUAGUGUUUACACAGCUUUCGCAGAGAGAACUUAACAAGAUGAAGUGUUUAGAUGGAAAACCUGCUGCCUAUUCCACAACAAGCAAUGGAUCAUUUUGGUUUUGUGGUCAAAACCCUACCUGCAAUUUCUUCUGUGCAGAAGAUGAAGGCUACAUGUAUGAAAAAGCUAUAACAGCUUGGAGAUGUACGGAGCAGCCUCAUCCUCGGUGCGAUGAACAUCAUAAGCUUGCGAAAAUGUGUGUGGUAAAAGAUUUGAUGAAAGUGAAUUAUGGAAGACCGUUCUUCGUGUGUGGAGAAAAGACGAAGCCUUGUUCCUUUUGGAUGUGGGGUGAUGUGCAGCCAUUGGCGAAACCGGAAUGUCGUCAUGGAUUACCGUGUGUGGUCUGUAAGGUGAAAAAAGAAGGUCUUAACAAAGAUCGAUUGUUCUUUAGUUGUCCGAAUAACAAGGAGAGUUCGUGCCGGUUUUUUGAGUGGGCACCUGACGAACAAUUGGCAUUUUUUUCCAUUAGAGGGUCAGAGUUGCAAUAA